ACGCCGCCGCCCUGCGGGAGGCUAAUGGCCAAAGUUUGGGUGGCGGCGGAGGCGAGGCGGCCAGUUGUCUCUGGCGUCCUUGGCAUGGGCGUGGCCACCCCGAGCCUGCCACCCCUGCUCACUGACCGACCGGGACAGCCGCUCCACACGAGGCUGAGCCGAAGCAUUCUGUAGCGGUCCCUCUGCGGGCGGCCCCAGAUGCUGCCAGAGCUAUGAGCGGGGCUGUAGGCUUGGCACCGAGGCGUGACCAGCAAUGGAGCAGCUCCAGGAGGAAGUACCUGAGGGCCGGGAAGAGGAGGAGAAAGAGGAAGAGGCAGUGACGGCGGCCGCAGUCGGGGCAGCCCCUGAGCCGAACGAGGGACCAGAGAGCUCGCUUCCUUCCAGCAGCUACCCAGACCCUCCCCAGAGCUCUUCUCCAUCCCUGUCGGACCAACUGCAGAUGAGCAGCGAUGGGGGUGCUCCCGGAAGCCUGAACGUGGAGUGCCGGGUGUGUGGGGACCGGGCCUCCGGCUUCCACUACGGGGUCCACGCCUGCGAGGGCUGCAAGGGCUUUUUCCGGCGGACCAUCCGCAUGAAGCUGGAGUACGAGAGGUGCGAGCGGAGCUGCAAGAUACAGAAGAAGAAUCGCAAUAAGUGUCAGUACUGCCGCUUCCAGAAGUGCCUGUCCCUCGGCAUGUCGCACAACGCGAUCCGUUUUGGCCGCAUGCCGGAGGCGGAGAAGAGAAGGCUGGUGGCCGGGCUGUUGGCGAGCGAAGGGGACAGGCAGCACCCUCAGGGGGCGGACCUGAGGGCCUUCUCCAAGCACAUGUACAGCGCCUACCUGCGCAACUUCAACAUGACCAAAAAGAAGGCGCGGGGGAUCCUCACCGGGAAAGCCAGCAGCACGCCGCCCUUCGUGAUCCACGACAUGGACACGAUGUGGCAGGCGGAGAAAGGGCUGGUGUGGAAGCAGCUGGUGAACGGCCUGCCCCCGUACAAGGAGAUCAGCGUCCACGUCUUCUACCGCUGCCAGUGCACCACGGUGGAAACGGUGCGGGAGCUCACCGAGUUCGCCAAGAGCAUCCCCAGCUUCGCCAGCCUCUACCUGAACGACCAGGUGACGCUGCUCAAGUACGGCGUGCACGAGGCCAUCUUCGCCAUGCUGGCCUCCAUCAUGAACAAGGACGGGCUCCUGGUGGCCAACGGCAACGGCUUCGUCACGCGCGAGUUCCUGCGCAGCCUACGCAAGCCCUUCAGCGAGAUCAUCGAGCCCAAGUUCGAGUUCGCCGUCAAGUUCAACGCCCUCGAGCUGGACGACAGCGACCUGGCCCUCUUCAUCGCCGCCAUCAUCCUGUGUGGAGAUCGGCCCGGCCUGAUGAACGUGAAACAGGUGGAGGCUAUCCAGGACAACAUCCUGCAGGCCCUCGAGUUCCACCUCCACGCCAACCACCCCGACGCCCAAUACCUCUUCCCCAAGCUGCUCCAGAAGAUGGCUGACCUGCGGCAGCUGGUGACCGAGCACGCCCACAUGAUGCAGAAGAUCAAGAAGACGGAGACGGAGACCUCGCUGCACCCGCUGCUGCAGGAGAUCUACAAGGACAUGUACUGAUUGGGCGGCUCGGGGCCGGAGCCCCGUCCCGAGCCCGGGCACGCGGCGGGAACCGCCUGACCUGCUCCGGCAAGGUCCCGCCCAGCCCACGUCCCACUGAUUUGGCUCAGCAGUGAGGCGCUCGCUCUCCGGUUCUGUCUUGGCAUCUGUCUGUCUGUCUGUCUCCGUGCCUCCCGCCCUGCCGCUGCCCGCGGAAGCUCGGUUCGCGUUCGCUCACCAGCAGAAGCCAGGGAGGGCUCCCCUCCGCCCUCCCCGGCCCCUCGGGCUCAGGACUGGGGCGAGCCAAGCUCUCUUGCCUUAUGGGCCUAGGGAAGGCCAUCGCUUGUCCGUCAGAUGUCCCAAAUCAACACUAACCCCGCUGGGCUCUCUGGCCCUCCUCGUACCCCUCGAGGGCCUCCCCCGGCCCAACGUGGCCUGCGAGGCCCACGGCUCCUCCUGGCCCCCGGCCCCGGUCCUCCCAGCACUCAGGGGAAUCCGGCUGGUGGGGCCGGGGGCGGGCGCGGGGCAGGAUCCAGGAAGGGGUGCCCCCCCCCACCGCCGACUGCCAUCCCCUUUGGAGCCAGGGGGCUGCACUGGGCCUCCCCAGCCUGGGCUGGAAGCCAGGAGCUAGAGGCCAGAGCUAGGCCACCGCCAGCCUCCACGGCUCACUGGGCCUCACCCCUUGUCUUUCCCUUUCCCUCCCGGGCAGCGUUUACCUCCAGCGCAGGCCCGCUGGGGGGCUGAGGGCCCCACAUUCUCCCCACCUGGAUCCCACCGCCCCCAGCCCCGGGCUGCACUCCUCUACCUCCCGCCCUGGGGCCUACACCACCCCCCCCCCCCCCAACACCCUCUAGUCCCAGGUAAAACCUCUGGCCCUCCCCUAAGUUCCUGCCCCAAGCACUGAAUUCACUUUAACCGUCUUCCCCCAGGUCCAACCCUGCCUCUCCCUUUCCUUCCCUUUCCCCUCCAUUGUCUCCUCUCUCCCGAGGGGCUAGCGGGCACAGAUCUCCCUUUUCUAACUGGCAGAGUUUAGCGGUCUGCUGUGAGGACUGGGUCGGGGGGCAGGCUUGAAAAGACCCCAGUCUUGUCCUCUGAACCUGCCGUCCUCAAGCGCUCAGGGGGUGUGUAGGGGGAGGGGACCGGGCGGGGGCACCCGGAGGGGAUAUCGUGAGAUUUGUCACUGCCCCGGCAGCUUACCUGUCAUAGUCCAGUAGCCCCGGGAUUGCUGCAGAGGAAACAGGCCCUGGCAGGUCUAAAUUGCUGGCCCACUCCUCUAACCACCCCUCCCCAUCCCCUCUCCCCCACCAUCUCCACUGCUUGAGCCUGAGGGGACACAGCUGUGGCAGGAUAGAUUGGCAUCAGUGGUGCCCUUUGAAAGCCCAGUGGCCAUAGGUAGUGAGGUCCGACAAGCUGUCCAGCCUGGAGAAGGGGGUCUGGGCUGAAUCCUCUCCAUCCAUCUAUCCGCCCCCUACCCCAUGAGCAGCCCUAAGAGGGAAAACCUUCUCUUGUCUUCAGUUCCCUCCCACCACAUCCCCCCUGUUCCAUCUCCAACAGGUUUAGGGCUGCAGGGGAGUCUCGUACCUCCCCGCCCCGCCAACUGCCCCCCAGGGCACACCCCCUCUGAUGAACCAGGUCCACCUGACGCUGUGAAGGUGGAGACACUGCCUGCCCCGUGUCUCCUUCUCCCCUCCUCCCCCUCCCCAAUCCCCACACUGCUUGGGCCACACACCCCUCCCAGGAGAUCUCUAUUUUUGCUAGGAGCCCCAAGGACACAUUCGUACCCUAAAAUGUGCUCCCAGUUGGACUGGACUUGAAUAAACAGGACAUGAAAUCUAA